AAAAUACCAUAAUAAUUUAUAAGACUGUGAUAAAUAUUAAAUAGUAGUAAUAUAGUAUACGAAAGUUUAAAAUAAUUUUUGGUCUUAUGUAAUAGUAAUUAUUGAGGUAACAAAUGAUAAAAUGUACUAGUUUUAUUAGUAUAUAAUUAAUUCAAUGAACUGUUAAGAGAAAUUUUUAACUUUAAAAACAAAUGGGCCAAAAAUCUAGCCAAUUCUCUGCCGAAGAGUUAAAUGACUAUCAGGAUCUCACUUAUUUUACAAAAAAAGAAGUUUUGAUUGCACAUGAAAAGUUCAAGUCUUUAGCUCCUGAAAAAGUGGGACAUAAUAAAAAUGCAAAAUUAGCAUUAAACAAGGUUCUUAAGCUACCUGAAUUAGCAGCUAAUCCUUUUGGUGAACGUAUGUGUCAAGUAUUCAGUUCUAGUCAAGAUGGGGAUUGUACAUUUGAAGAUUUUUUAGAUAUGAUGUCAGUAUUUAGUUCUAUGGCACCUGCAGAUGUAAAGGCUGAACAUGUCUUUAGAAUUUUUGAUUUUGAUGGUGAUGACAUGUUAGGUGUUGGAGAUAUUAAAAAAGUAAUUCAAUGUUUAAUCGGAGAACAAAAUGUCUUUAAUGAUAAUGAUCUUAAACGUUUGGUACAUAAAAUAUUUGAAGAAGUAGAUUUUGAUGACGACGGCGCUCUUUCAUUUUCUGAAUUUGAACACGUAACUGACAUGUGUCCAGAUUUUGUUAAGUCAGUAUAUAUUUUUUAUUGUAUUAUCAAUGCUUGUUUGCUUCAAGAUCAUUGGUUUUAAAAUGUUCAAUUUUUUUUAAAUAGAUUGUAUUCAGUAAUUAUUAUCAUUUGUAUAUUUAACAUUUUUUUAUAUUUUAUAUACUUGCAUGAAUUGCAUGGUUGUUAAUUGUUAGAUAAUUAUGCCUCUCUAGUUUAAGAAACAAUAUUUUUUUUUUUGAUAAUUCAACAUAUUUUAUAGCAUUAAAACCAAAUGCGAAUACACUUAGUUAGUACAC